GUAUUGAUGACGCGACGAAGAAAACAGGAAGUGAGCCGUCAGGGAGCCGGUCUGGGUCUCGUAGUCCAUUUUUCAGGCGGGGAAUGAAUGGGUUCUGAGCGAUCCCUGGUGAGGGGGGACUCGAGCUCUGAGGCGUGAGUAGCUGGGUAGGCAGAGUAUCAUGGAAGACGACGCCCCGGUGAUUUACGGGCUGGAAUUCCAGGCACGUGCUCUAACACCUCAAACUGCGGAAACAGAUGCCAUUCGCUUCUUGGUUGGGACGCAGUCUCUUAAAUAUGAUAAUCAGAUCCACAUCAUAGACUUUGAUGACGAAAAUAACAUUAUAAAUAAAAAUGUCCUCCUCCAUCAAGCGGGUGAGAUCUGGCACAUCAGUGCCAGCCCGGCAGAUAAAGGUGUGCUGGCCACCUGCUACAACAAAAGAAAGCAUGAAGCAGCUGGUCUCAGCUUCUGCCAGCAAGUGUGGGUGCUGUGGAGGCUGCAGCAUGCCUUCACUCAAUCAAGCUACAGACAGUCGAGUCCAGGCGUGUGCAGCUGUGUGGAGGAUGCCCAAGGAAUUAGAAUCCGGUAGCCACGAGUCCCCUGACGACCCUGCAAGCACUGCUCAGACCCUGGAGCUGCUCUGUCACCUUGACAACUCGGCCCAAGGCAACGUGGCCUGUGUCGUGUGGGAACCGAUGGGGGAUGGGAAGAAGGUCAUUUCCCUGGCCGAUAGCCACAUCCUGCUGUGGGACCUCCAGCCCAGCUCGAGCCAGGCUGUGAUCUUUCUUCUCUCCUUUGAACAAUACCCGUUCUACCAGCUGGCCAGCUCAGCAACACUGGAAGGAAGGGGACAGCUGAAGUUCACCGCGGGGCGGUGGAGCCCACACCACAACUGUACCCAGGUGGCCACAGCAAGUGACACGACCCUCCGAGGAUGGGACACACGGAGCAUGAGCCAGAUAUACUGCAUAGAGAACGCUCAUGGGCAGCUGGUGCGUGACCUAGACUUCAACCCCAACAAGCAGUAUUACCUCGCCAGCUGUGGAGAUGACUGCAAGGUGAAGUUCUGGGACACACGGAAUGUCACCGAGCCUGUGAAGACCCUGGAGGAGCACUCCCACUGGGUGUGGAGUGUGCGCUACAACCACUCUCACGACCAGCUGGUCCUCACUGGCAGCAGCGACAGCAGAGUCAUCCUGUCCAACAUGGUAUCUAUCUCCUCAGAGCCCUUUGGUCACCUGGUGGACGACGGUGACAUCAGUGAUCCAGAAGAGCACCAUGCUGAAAAGAGCAAGGAACCCCUGCAGGACAACGUUAUUGCCACCUAUGAGGAGCAUGAGGACAGCGUGUAUGCAGUGGACUGGGCCUCAGCUGACCCAUGGCUGUUUGCUUCCCUAAGUUACGACGGGAGACUGGUUAUCAACAGAGUUCCCAGGGCACUGAAGUACCACAUACUGCUCUAGUGGCCCAUGGCACUGCUGCUUGGUACUUGGCAAAUUCUCAGAAAUCUGCAGCUACGAGGUAAUUCCUUUCACAGACAGAUUCCCUCCUUGGGAGAACCAGCAUUGCUUCUACAGGAGCUCUGAGGGACAUGGCGCUUCUGCCAGCAGCUCAUCUGAUGCUGUCAGCACACUGCUCAGCAUGGGCGGGAGCUUUACUGGACACAGCUGUCCAUGUGUGAAUUGAUGGCUGCCCAGUCUCUGUUUGGUUUCUGGUUUCUGUUUAAAGGGUGUUGGAAGUUUAACUUUUCCCCAGUGUGUUUCCACCUUCCUGUUGUCAUGAGAUUGCAAACUGAAAUAAAGUCAGUGGGAUGCGCACAGCCUCCUCCUUUCAGGCUCCCUGCCCCACUGAGGAAGUCAUUA